AAGUUCCAGGCGCGCGCGGGCUGACCCGCGGCGUAUGAGCCCCGCCGGCCGCCGUAGUCAGCUGCUGCAAGCAGGAAGUGUCCGGGGAGCGGGCGGAGACUGCAGGAUGGCACCGGACCCCUGGUUUUCCACAUAUGAUUCUACUUGCCAAAUCGCACAGGACAUUGCUGAGAAAAUUCAAGAACGAAUUCGGUAUGAAAGGAAUGGUGAAAGUACAACCAAGCUUACCGUGACAAUCAGAGCUUUGUUGCAGAAUCUGAAGGAAAAGAUCGCCCUUUUGAAGGACUUAUUGCUAAGAGCUGUGUCAACACAUCAGAUAACACAGCUUGAAGGAGACCGAAGACAGAACUUACUGGAUGAUCUUGUAACUCGAGAGAGACUACUUCUGGCAUCCUUUAAGAACGAGGGUGCAGAACCAGAUCUCAUCAGGUCCAGCCUCAUGACUGGAGGGGCUAACCGUGCGGUACCCAACCCUUGGCUCUUCGAGGAGCCAGAGGAGACCAGAGGCUUGGGUUUUGAUGAAAUUCGACAACAGCAGCAGAGAAUUAUCCAAGAACAGGAUGCAGGCCUUGAUGCCCUUUCAUCUAUCAUAAGUCGCCAAAAACAAAUGGGGCAGGAAAUUGGAAAUGAACUGGAUGAACAGAAUGAAAUAAUUGAUGACCUUGCCAACCUGGUGGAAAAUACUGAUGAGAAGCUUCGCACCGAAACCAGGCGUGUGAAUAUGGUGGACAGAAAGUCAACAUCUUGUGGGAUGAUAAUGGUGAUUUUACUGUUGCUCGUGGCCAUCGUGGUCGUUGCAGUGUGGCCUACCAAGUAGCGCAGCCCAGCUGGGACACCCGCCAUGCUGGAGGGAACCUCAACUCCCUUUGGUACCCGAAAGCCAUUCUUAAUAAAUUCCCCCAAGCUCGGAACUCUU